AUGGACGUCAGCUUGCUAUUUCAGCAUUCGCAAUAUGCAUUACCUGUGGGUAUCGUGCUUAUAUGUGCGAUUCUCGUUUUCGUCUUUGGUUUCAAGAAGGCUGAACAACCACCUUUUGCACAGCUUUCGGUAGGCUCCGACGUGGACCGGAAAUUUACCAAUAAGAAACGUAUCAAGAUCAAAGAAAAGAAAUCUGCUAAUGGUCAAAUUGUAAUUGAAAAGACAAGUCCUAUUAAAAAAAGUAUAUCAACAAAGACAGAAGUUUCAAAAAAAGUUGUAUCUAAACCAAAUGAUACUGAAGGAAAAUUAAAGGAACGAAAACAAGAAGAUAAUAAAAUUUCUAUAACAAAGAAAGAUAAAGAUCAAGUUCUUAUAAAAGUUGGUAAAGAAAACAAAAUUGAACAAGUAAAAAAUAAAAAGAAUUUAAAAAACUUAUUUCAAGAGAAACCAAUAGACUUUGAUGAAGGUGAUUGGGAACAAGCUUAUUCCAAAAAAGAUAAAAAAAAUAAAAAAAAAGAGGAAGAAUCUCCUUCAAAGAAAAACAAAAAGAAUACUAAGAAGAUUGAUUUAAUUAAUGAAGAAGUAAUUAAACAAAAGGUUUCAGAAAAAGUAGAAAUUAAAGAUAAAAUUAUAAAGGAAACAGAAAAUAAAGAAUUAAAAGAGAAAGAUAAAAAAGAUGUGAUACUUACACCUAUUUCCAAUGAGGAAAUAUCUAAAGAAAAAGAACAGCAAAAAGAAGAACAAUCUAAGAAUGAAAAAAUAGAAAAAGAAGAAAAAAAAAGUGGAAAAUCAAAGAAAGGAAAAAAAAUUUCUGAAAAUGAAAAUAUCCCUAUAAUGAUUGUAUCUACACCAAAAGUAGAUAAUAAAAUCCAAGAACAAAGGACAAAAAAGAAGGAUGACAAUAUAGAAAAAGAACUAGAUAAUUUUGAAGAAAAAAAUCCUAAUGUUAUGCAAACACAAGAAAAAAGUGGUCCUGUGUUUGAUGAAUUAGGAGAUAUCUGGACAGAAGCCAAACCUCAAAAGAAAAGUAAAAAGAAAGCUCGUAAAGAUAAUUGAAAAAGAUUAAAUAUGAUAAAAAUUAUGUUCCUUGUGAAGAGGAAUAGAGUAAGAAUCCUGCUUGGUCCAAACGACAUAUGUCAUUUCGGACUCAUCAGGUGUGUUUUAAGUGACUUACCAAUUAACCACCUGACCAAAUUGUUCCUUUCCCUUGUAUAUAAUGCCAAUUGGACUAGGUUGUUCGAUUAAUUCAUAUAUUUCAUAGACUUCAUAUCUACAGGGGCACUUUGUAUAGAAAAAAAAAGAUUAUUGAUUUUUUAACAUACUGAAUGUUUUAAUGAAGCUGUAUUUGUAUUUACAUUUGAUGGAAGAGGCAUAAGUCAUAGUUUUCAUUAUAAAAUAAUUAUUUUUAUAGAUUCUAUUCUUUUAAGAAUUAUCUCAUAUAUGUCUAUAUUUUACUAGAUAUAUAUUAGUAUAUAUUUAUAAAUUUCAUAACCAUAAAUUAUUAAUAAAUUGUACUUAUGUCUUUUAUAUUUCAUCAAGAAGUCUUAAAAAGAAUCUUCAUUAGAUUAAUGUGUUUGCAUCCACGUUAUUAACAUUUUGAUUAUUUAUCUUUUAUAAUUAAUUUAAAUAUUAUAGAUACAAAUGGUUGAAAACUUAAAAAAAUAUAUCAUAUUCCAAAACAAACAAAAUAAUAAUAAAGUGCAGGACAAUCUCUUCUGAGAAAAGUUUAUAUUACUGAUGUACCGUGUCUUUUUCAAUAUAUUAAGAGAAAUAUUUUCUUAUAUUUGAUAACGAGUAAUUUAUUGCAACAUAUAGAUCUAAAAUUAUAUACUUUGUAAUAAUAAACUGUAUUUUAUUAGUAAAAGUACAUCAGUAAUGAAUUAUAAAGAUUACAUAUUUAUAUAAGAAUAUACAAAUAUGUGACAAAAUUUGUGCCAAGUUAAUAAAAAAAAAAAUGAGAUAUAAUGAAAAUCAUUAUACAAUUAUGUAUAACUAAUUCAAACCAAAUAAUUAUAAUUUAGAUAUAUUAAUUUUAUCUAUUUUUUUCCAUAUAGUAAAUAAUAAUAUAUAUUUUCAUUUUUGGAUUUUUGAAUUUACAUAUUUUAUUUAUAUAAAUACAUAUAUAUAUUAUUAAAAAUAUAAAAAAAUAUGUAAUUUAUAUUUAAAAAUAUUUUUAAAAUUAAUUUUAUUGAUUAUAUUACAUUAUAUGAUAAUAAUUGUAUUCUGACUUUCAAAGUAUCUUAUAAUAUAUACUUAAUAAAAACGAAGCUUUUUAAAAAUUUUAUGAAAAUAUUUCAAUAAUUUGAACAAAUUUUUAUAAAUGAAUGAUCAAACGUGGAUCAAAUAAUUAAAGAUUUUAUGUUGAUUUUUAAUUUUUUACGAACAAUCUAAUCCAACCGUUCAUAUUUUAUGCCAUGUAUAAAAUAUAGUGAGUAUAUUGAUUAUAUUUUAAAAGUUAUCUCUUAAUAGUCUUUUUAAUUAAUGUAAUAACGAUUAUUAUAAUCGUUAAUAUCUAUAUUAUGUAUAGAAUAUUAUGUAUAAAAGUGCAAGAGUUUUAAACUCUACAAGGACAGUAAUGUCUUCAAAAAAAAAUUUAGAUAUUAAGAAUUUAAAAAAACAGUAAAAUUGAAUAUACUAUACUCAGAGUUUUUUGGCUUCUAUUUUCUAAAAAAAAAAAAAAAAAAUAAAAAGAGAAAAA